AUGGAUAAUUUCUCUGAGGUGACUUCUUUUUUCAUGUCUGAUUACAAUGAAUUGAAGGAGAUGAAGCCAGUGUACUUCUGUAUGUUUCUGAUUAUAUAUAUUGUUAUAAUUGCUGAAAAUGUGGCAUUAAUCUGUGUGAUCUAUCGUGAAAAAAGCCUGCAUGAGCCGAUGUAUUUGCUGCUGUGUAACCUGGCUGUGAAUGCUCUGUAUGGAAGCACUGCCUUGCUGCCAGCAGUGCUUAGCAUCCUGCUGUCACACUCAUAUGAGAUAACGCUACCACUAUGUCAGACGCAGAUCUACGCUGUACACACAUUUGGCAUGACUGAAUUCACAAUUCUAGCAGUGAUGAGUUAUGACAGAUAUGUGGCCAUUUGUUACCCACUGCCAUAUCAUGCAAUAAUGUCACAGAGGCUUGUUAAACUCAUUGUUUUCAUGUGGCUUUACCCGUUGCUGGCGUUUUUAAUUGUUUUCAGUUUCACUCUUGACCUGAGGUUUUGUAACAGAAAUAUAGAAAAGCUGUACUGUUUUAAUUACAUACUGGUGAAACUUGCUUGUACAGAUACCUCUGCUGUUAACAUAGUUGGCCUACUCUCUGUAGGUUUAUAUACACUUCCACUGCUUGUGAUGAUCUUUUAUUCAUAUGGACACAUCCUAAGGAUAUGUGCGUUGUCCUUCAGCAAAUCCAGGUUCAAAGCCCUGAAGACUUGCACCCCCCACCUACUAGCAAUAAUUAACUACUCUAUCGGAUGCUUUUUAGAAAUAGCACAGAGUCGAUUCAAUAUUAGUAGCAUGCCUCAUGGACUGAGGUUGUUUUUAUCUAUUUACUUUUUGAUUUUUCCUCCCAUCCUUAAUCCAGCAAUCUAUGGUUUGAGUAUCCAAAGAAUAAGAGUACGACUGUUUAGGCUUUUCAGCAGAAAAAGUAGGCAAGUACAAUUUAUGUAG